AAACAGCCUCCUCCAGAAAAGGCCUAUUAUUCCCUGAUUAUCAGAAUGGGCGUGACACAAAACAAAACAUAUUUGUUCUCUUGACAAAAUACUCAGAGUAUUUAACAUUUUUAAAUUAUUACAGAAAAAUAGGAUAAUUCUUCAGACACAAUGCGUUCUAUACUUUAGUUAGGCAUGGUGAGCAGGGAGCUCUGAAGAUGUUGGAACGUGAUCACCCCUCACUUUCUGGGUACUUGGAAAAGACUCCUGGCUUUGGCCCAGGCAUCUGGGGAUUUGUAAAGAGGAACUUCCAUAUCCCUUGGGAGCAAAGCUCAAGGAGCAAGCUGUCAGCCCGGGGGAGGGGGCGGGAUCUGGCAGACUCCGGAGAUGGGCAGUGCAAUUGAAAAGAAACUAGAAUUUGGUUUGGUCCUGAGACCAGAGCUGUGCCAGGAUAAAUGGCUUCUGGAGGACUUUGGGCGCCCCUGUGAAUUUUAGGGGCAGUGAAAUUACCAUCUCCUGAAGGCUCCCUGAAAUGGCUGAGUGAAGAACUUGGGGCCAGCAGAGGGUCCCUCUGGAACGCUGGCGUCACCGCCCGCUUUCCCUGAAAGAGACCAAGCAAAGGGAAGAAGCAACUCCAGGGUUCUUGAGGCUCGAGGGUGGGGGACCAGAGAGGAAGCUAAUGGCUUGGGACACGUGGGUCAAGAGCAUGGCCCGGCUUGCAGAGUGUCUACUUCUUGUGGGCUUCUCACGCUGCCUGUGCUCAUGCUCGCACCAGGACCGUGGAAGUCACAGUGCAAAACCGAGGGCCCGCCCGAGGAUGCGCAUGGGGCACAGCCCCCACCCCCAGAUGCCACUCCCUAUUUGGAUCGCGAGAUGAGCCCGCCACUGCCCACUGCUUCCAAUCAUUACUCUGCGUGGGAUCCUUUAAAUCUGCGUAGACACGUCACAUUGUUUGACCCAGGACCAGUCCCUAGGGAGGGAGGCAGUAUCUAUAUAAACGUGUGGAGGGUAGGCGGAGAAGGGUUAACCGAGUGGAGGAGAGAAGGUGGUGGGCAGGGGUCUGCAACCCCGGGAAUCCUAACAGUGGUUGGCAGCGCGGUGAGUUUUCAGUCUUGCUUCUACACUAGGAGCGCUGACCUGAGAAUGUAGGGGCAUUCCGGAGGCAAACCAUGAAGGGGCUGGCACUUUUUGACUGAAAUGGGGGAAAUGUCCUGGGCCUCCAGCCUUGAGGAAAGCGAAUUCUCUUAAGUGCUCAGGGUCACUGCCGCCUUCCACUGGCAGUCUUGUUUUAAGAGAGGAAGUCUUGGCUGAAUUUAUUAAUCUGCAGCUUGGUCCCUAACCCUGGGACGUUUCUGGACUGGAUAGGUGAGCUCUGCACAGUUCUUGAGCCCUCUGCCUUCCCAACAGCCUAGCCCUCCCCUAAUCCCCCACCCCCCGCAGGCUCGCCAUGUUUUCUUGGGGGUUGAGCUGUUUGUCCAUGCUGGGGGCUGCGGGCACGGCUCUCCUGUGUGCCGGUCUGCUGCUUGGCCUGGCCCAACACCUCUGGACCCUCCGCUGGACUCUGAGCCGGGAUCGGGCCUCUGCCUUGCCCCUACCCAAGGGCUCCAUGGGCUGGCCGUUCUUCGGUGAAACGCUGCACUGGUUGGUUCAGGGCUCUCGUUUCCACAGUUCACGCCGGGAGCGCUACGGAACAGUAUUUAAGACGCAUCUUCUCGGCAAGCCCGUGAUCCGCGUGAGCGGCGCAGAGAACGUGCGCACCAUCUUGCUGGGAGAGCACCGUCUGGUGCGUAGCCAGUGGCCGCAGAGCGCGCACAUUCUGCUAGGUUCGCAUACACUCCUCGGCGCGGUAGGCGAGCCCCAUCGGCAGCGGCGUAAGGUUCUGGCGCGCGUGUUCAGUCGCCCGGCUCUGGAGCAAUUCGUGCCGCGACUGCAGGGGGCGCUGCGGCGAGAGGUGCGCUCCUGGUGCGCCGCCCGGGGACCAGUGGCUGUCUACGGGGCAGCCAAAGCGCUCACCUUUCGCAUGGCCGCGCGCAUUCUUCUGGGUCUGCAGCUGGACGAAGCGCGAUGCACCGAGCUAGCCCAGACCUUUGAGCAGUUGGUGGAGAACCUCUUCUCACUGCCCUUGGAUGUGCCCUUCAGCGGCCUGCGCAAGGGCAUCCGGGCCAGGGACCAGUUGUAUCAGCACCUGGAUGAGGCCAUUGCUGGGAAGCUUCAUGAGGAACAGGCAGCAGAGCCAGGUGAUGCGCUGCACCUGAUUAUUAACAGCUCUAGGGAGCUGGGCCAUGAGCUCUCUGCGCAAGAGUUGAAGGAGUCGGCUGUGGAGCUCCUCUUCGCGGCCUUCUUCACCACGGCCAGCGCCAGCACGUCGCUCAUCCUGCUGCUUCUGCAGCACCCGGCAGCCAUCGCCAAGAUCCAGCAGGAGCUGUCAGCGCAGGGGCUGGGGCACGCGUGCAGCUGCGCACCCCUGGCCACAGGGCCCAGACUGGACUGCAGCUGUGAGCCCGACCUUAGCCUGGCGGCACUGGGCCGGCUGCGCUACGUCAACUGCGUAGUCAAGGAGGUGCUUCGCCUCCUACCGCCGGUGUCCGGGGGCUACCGCACAGUGCUGCGAACCUUUGAGCUGGACGGCUACCAGAUCCCCAAAGGCUGGAGCGUGAUGUAUAGCAUCCGAGACACGCACGAGACAGCUACUGUGUACCGUAGCCCGCCGGAGGGCUUCGAUCCUGAGCGCUUUGGCGUGGAGAGUGAGGAGGACGCGCGGGGCUCCUGCGGUCGCUUCCAUUACAUCCCGUUCGGCGGCGGCGCGCGCAGCUGCCUGGGCCAGGAGCUAGCGCAGGCCGUCCUGCAGCUGCUCGCCGUGGAACUGGUGCGCACCGCACGCUGGGAGCUGGCCACACCUGCCUUCCCGGUCAUGCAGACCGUGCCCAUCGUGCAUCCAGUGGACGGGCUGCGACUCUUUUUUCACCCUCUCGUGACUUUGGGUGCGGGGGAUGGGUUACACCUCUGACGCGCCGCUCCU